CACUUCUUCUCUUCUCUGCUGAGCUCCGCCCCGUCCUCCGUCGAUCGGUGACGUCACCCCAUGCAGUUCUGCUUAUUUCCGGUGAUGUGUUGAGAAGCUGCCGGGAUGGAGGCCUCCUUCACAUCAGCAGAAAAGCUCAGUAGGAACUCUGAAGAAAACUUCAUGGUAUCACAGAAUGAUAAAGAAGAUGAAGAUCUCAUGCAGCGCUCAUCACAAGAAAACCUCAUUACCAGAAAUGUGCAUCCUGGACUUCAUAACACAGAUCUGUCAUAUUUGCCAGUUAAGUGUGAGGAACCUUCUCCUGACCAAUCACAGAUUGGUGCCAUAAGUACAGAUCAGAAAGAGGAAACAAGUUUUCAGUGCUGGGAAUGUGGAAAACAGUUUCCAUACCGCUCAGGUCUUCUUAUGCACAGAAGAAUUCACAUAGAAGCGAAGCCAUACUCCUGUUCAGAAUGUGGGAAACGUUUCACAGACAAGCCAAGUCUUGUUGCCCAUGAGAAAAUUCACUCAAGUGAGAAGCCCUAUUCAUGUUCAGAAUGUGGGAAAUGUUUUGCCAAUCUAUCAACUCUUGUUAGACAUGAGAUAGCUCACACAGAAGAGAAGCCAUAUUCAUGUUUAGAAUGUGGGAAAUGUUACACAGAUAAAUCACAACUUGUUAACCAUGAGAGAGUUCACACAGGAGAGGGGCCGUAUUCAUGUUUAUUAUGUAGACAACGUUUUAGAUAUAAAUCACAGCUUGAUUAUCAUGAAAGAAGUCACACAGGAGAAAAGCCAUAUCCAUGUUCUGAAUGUGAGAAAUGUUUUCCUAAUAAAGCUCGACUUGCUAGACAUAAGAGAGUUCACACAGGAGAGAGGCCGUAUUCAUGUUCAGAAUGUGGGAAAUGUUUUAUGGAGAAAUCGCAUCUUCUUCAACAUAAUAGAACUCAUACAGGAGAGAAGCCGUAUUCAUGUUCAGAAUGUGGGAAAUGCUUUACAAUGAAAUCAGCUCUUUCUGCACAUCAGAAAACUCACACAGGAGAAAAGCCAUACCCAUGUCCUGAAUGUGGAAAAUGUUUUCGUGUUAAAUCAAGACUUGCUAGCCAUAAGAAAGUUCAUACAGGAGAAAAGCCGUAUUCAUGUUCAGAAUGUGGGAAAUGUUUCCCACAAAAAGCACCUCUUGUUAUACACCAGAGAAUUCAUACAGGUGAGAAGCCAUAUUCAUGUUUAGAAUGUGGGAAAUGUUAUGCAAAUAAAUCAAGUCUUGUUUCCCAUGAGAAAACUCACACAGGAGAGAAGCCGUAUUCAUGUUUAGAAUGUGGGAAAAGUUACACACAUAAAUCAGAUCUUAUUGUACAUGAGAGAAUUCACCCAGAAGAGAAGCCAUAUUCGUGUUUAGAAUGUGGGAAAAGUUACACAUAUAAAUCACUACUUCUUAACCAUGAGAGAGUUCACACAGGAGAGAGGCCGUAUUCAUGUUCAUUAUGUGGGAAACGUUUUAGAUAUAGAUCAAAUCUUAGUUAUCACGAGAGAACAGGUCACACAGAAGAAAAGUAAUACCCCUGUUCUGAAUAUGAGAAAUGUUUUCCUGUGUGAGAGUUAGGUUUUUAAAGAAAAUGUAUAAACGGAAACGUCUAACGGAAGGCAACUAAAGUGAUUUUUUU